CGUCGAGUUCAGUUCGAACCCAUCUGCCGCUCCGGAGCGCAGUGGGGGUGGCUCCAGAGUGUGACACGCCUCUUCCGGAACAGAGCGAGAGGUGGAAGGAUAGAUGGUUGUCCUCUUGUAGCUGAUCCGGGGCAAAAGGAUCUCCUUGUUGCAGAGAAUUCCAGUGUGACGAAUGACAUAAAUAGCUCGUGGUUCUGGAAGAGUUCUUCUGACAUUUGGCUAUACGUUCAACUAUGAAGAUUGAUGGUGAGACGGUGGUUCAACAUCUGGUAAAUAAUCCUACUGCAAAGUCCUUUCAGCACAAUGAUGACCCCAUGACAAAUGUUGAACAAAAGUCAAACAAGGACAGCAUGAAGGAAAACCGAGAUGAUAUGAAGUACGACGAGAAUAUUGCUGCUCCAUUGCCGAUUGAUGUCAAUUCUGGGGAUGGAUUUUGGCCAGUGCCAGGAUUGAGCAAUCCGGAGGCUGACGAGGUUCUCACUGGGAGUGACAAAUUGACUGUAAAAAGUUCGUUCGCUUCAAAUACAGAUUCUACUGGAGAAACAGAACUGGUUAAAGAGCCCUUGGACCUUUUCACUGAUAAAACUGUCACGGAAUGUGAGGUUGAUAAGUCAAUACCUUGUCACAAAGGAAACCCUUCGUGUGAUGUCAAAGAUAUCUGUGUAGACGAAGGUGUGCCCUCUCACAAGGCUACCUUGUCAGAAACUGAUGGAAAUAAGGACCUGGAUGCCUUUUUGCCUUUAGAGAAGGAUGCAAAUAGUGACUUAGAUGCACUCGAGUGUUCCAAAAAUGGUUCUGAGGAUUUAGUGCAGGCAGACACAACAGGAGACAAAUUUGUGGAUGAGUUAUCCAACGGGAAAGUGGUUCCUUCAGUCCAAGAGCUGACUUCACAAAAUCUCGACCGAGAGUCUUCUGAUGAUCUUGCUGAUAAAAUGAAGCCACUCUCUGCUGUGGGCCCAAACGAUGAAUCUGUGAUGGCAUGCUUGAAUUUGUCCUCAGUUAAAACCCAAGAAUCAGUCAAAAGGAGUGAGGAGAAUGCUCCCCCAUCCCCUUCUUCUAUCAUCAAAGAAGCGAAUGAUACUGCCCAAGUCCAUGAUCUGCGAGAUAACAGCGAGAUGGAUAACAGGAGCCCCGAUAACCAGGUCGCAACUGACCCAUCUCCAUCCGAAAGGGCGGAAUACAAGGAUCUUGCCAACGAGUUAUCUUACCGCAGGAAAGUGGAGAGUGGAAGUAUUACCUUCAGUUUCAAUGCUUCAGCAUCUGAAUCGAGUGAUAGAGGGGCAAGUUCUAGUAAUGGCAAUAAAGAACAGCAUGAGGACCAGAAUGUUCAUAAACCGGAUGGAGCUUCUGGUAGGCGGACUGAUUCUUGCCUAGGACGGCAUGAUCUUGGAGAGUCGAGUUUCUCUGUGGCAGGCCCCGCAUCGGGCUCGAUAACUUACUCGGGACCGAUAGCUUAUUCAGGAAGCCUCUCUCUCAGAUCCCUCUCUAUCAGAUCGGAUAGCAGCACGACCAGCGCUAGAUCCUUUGCAUUUCCAGUAUUGCAAUCCGAGUGGAAUAGCAGCCCAGUGAGGAUGGCGAGAUCGGAUCGGCGACAACUUGGGAAGGACAAGAGUUGGGGGCGAUUCCUAUGCUGUAAAUUCUGAAUGGCGUCUCCUCUCUAGAAAUUUCUCUAGGUCAUUAGUCUAGUUGUUAGAUAGAUGUAUACAUCUGCUUCUUUUCUAUUGUUGCCCUCUCUUGAUUGCCCUUGUAGGAUUUUGAGGGUUUGAUAGAUAAGAGAGUUCUUUGGUUGGUGUUCGUGGUUUCGUUCAUGCCAUGUCUAAAGUUAUGCAGUGAUAUGUUCCAGCUCCCCCAUUUUCUCUCUGUUCUCUUUCUCUGGUUGAGUUCUGUGCUGCGGUGGUUUUCUAUGAUUCCCUGGGGAGUUGUCCCUUUAGAGAUUGGUAACCCUUUGAACACAGAAUGAAUCGAUCUCGGUUAUUGGAUGAA